AUGGCUCCUCAAAAACCUUCAAGCAGCAAACACUCCAAGAAGAAACAAGAUCCAACUCUCUCCCCUGUGCACGAUUUAAAAGGACCAAUGACUAUUGGAAAUCAACAGUAUGUUCCAGAACCUCCAAAUGAGAAAGAAAAUGAAUGCAUAUAUAAAUCCCAGAUCCCUGCCAAGAAAGCUUCUGUCGAAGCAUCACCCAGUGCUGCUAAGAAACAUUCGACAAAGGUAAGUCGAAAACCCGCAAUAGUCCAAAAGAGAAAGAGCGAAGAGGAGAAAGAAAAGGAUAAUGUUCCUAAUGACGAAUCUGGUGACGAAUCUCCAGAGCUAAUCCCCCCUCCUCAGAAGAAGAAAAAACUUACAAAGGUCUCUUCCCAAAGAUCCAUAGCUAAAUCAACCAGGAAGGAUUCUGCAAGUACUCCCACUACUAAACUUCAGUCGAAAGACACGGAGAGUGGGAGAUCUAGAUUUAACACUGAGAUUCCUGAGGAACAAGUGGCUGUCGAAAAGGCACCUGAGAAAAUUCUGGAGGAAACAGUCCCGGAAGAAGAUAUCCCCGCAAGUGAUCCUGUCAGGCAAACUGUAGCAGAAUUCGAUGUUACAGUGGGUGAAACUUAUGAGGAUGAAUCUCCUCCUCAUCCAGGAUUAGAUGCUGCAACUCAGGGUGAUGACGCUGACAUGGAUGCUGGGGUCGAAGAUGAUCAUGAAGACGAAGCUGCCAAAGAUGGGGACAACCAGUCGAAACAUACAGAGGCUGAACAAACUUUAGAGCGAAACACUCCACCUGCUCCUGACCAGACCCAAGGGAGUGGCAAAUCAACUGGUUCGACUAGCUUCUCUCGCGAGGAGCCUGAAAAUCUCAAAGUGCAAAGGCCCUUAGAGUAUCUGAAGGCCAUGCUUAGCGCCCGCUUUAAUUUCCAAGAUUCUUCUCAGAGCAGUUCGACUACCUCCAGGGCCACUUCUGAAGCACUAUCACUUGGCAGUAUCUUGACCAAAAUUAAAACGAAAAUCCUUGAUGUUGAUUUGUUCAAAAUUUUGGAAGAGAACUCCCUUGCUCACCUUGAACUUAAGAAAAUUUUGAAACAAGUAAAUGUCUUGGAAGCUUCUGCUGAAGUUGGAAGUUUUGUGAUGGAGCUGAUGACCCUUAUUGACUUGGCCACUGUAGAUCUUCUUCGUCAAAGAUACCUCACCAGUCAAAUCUCCUCCAAGUCUGAAACUCAAACUGCUGAAUGGGACGCUCUUUCGACUUCGACUGACAAACUUAUAUUUUUUCAAAUACUUGCAAUUUAUCCUUAG